GAUUUUGCUUUUAUUUGCAUAACCUCCAGGCAGUAAUGUGUAACAACAUAAAACUACAGUACUGUAGUAUACAGUAUUACCAGCAAAAAUUACUGUACUGUGCUGUAGAAAAAGCCACCAUAAUUCUGCACUGCUGCUUAUGUUCCUGCAUUGUAAGUUUGAAUGUGGGUUGUAAAUCGGAGCGGCAGGUGGUAAGUCAGAACUAUGCACCAUGAUCAUAAGUCUGAACAGUAGUUAAACAGGCAGGAUGUUAAAUGAGGGAUAUCUGUUUUGGGCUUAUUAUCUUGAGAUGAGAAGCUCAACCACCUGAUGCAAAAGAAUGCCAAAGUGAACCACCUUCUCGAGGUUUCUCUGCUGCAGCUUGCCAGCAUGCAGCUCCUAGAUAUGGAUGGGGGAUUCAUGCACUCAGACAGUGUCACCUCCUGCCAUGACAUGUUUAAUUUCUUGCAUCUCACAGGAGAGGGACACGAAAGUCUACAAACCCCUCCAUGGACUGAUCAUGCAAUUACUGGAGGAAACACCAAAGGAAAAACAAACUACCAUUACCUGACUGAACCCAAUCAGUAAAAAUAAUAUCCCAGCUUCCUCUGAUCAGUUGUAUCACUGGCACUACAGAAUCCUUUUUCUUAAGGCACUUUGCAUGAUAGAGUGUUUCUGGAUGCUCAUAUCUGGUGUUUGAAAGGAAGGAGGACAGGUCCUGACACCUAAAUAUGAAUCAUCACAUGAACCCUCAGGAGCCCAGCCAGCUGGAACUGAACACUGUAAAUGCUCAGACCGACAGGGCCUUCCAAUAGCUGGAACAAAAGUUUGGGUGGAUGCAUCAACGCUUCCUAAAGCAAAGAAACUACAACGUUCAGUAUAUCCCAGGCUUCUGGAUGACUGCCUUUAGAAACCACCUCAGCUGUCCACCAUGAAUGGGGCAAGAUACAAACUUGUCAAGGCUUGAGACACAUCAUGGGGAAUAUCCUGAAAAGCACCUCGCAGAUCCCAGCAAUCUCGCCAUUGGGCUGUAUCCUUCAACAUUGGGAAAGAUUUGAUCCUGCCAAUCUGAAGAAGAAACAACUCAUCUACUAUUGCAAUACGGCUUGGGUCCAUUACCAACUAGAAAAUGGCAAGAUGUGGGUACAGAAUGGCAGUUUAGAUUAUAAUACUAUUUUACAGUUAGAUCGAUUCUGCAAAAAGCAUGGAAAGUGGGCUGAAGUCCCUUAUGUUCAGGCUUUUGUGUCUCUGUAUGUUUUAUGUCUCUCCACCUCCCCCAGUUCUUCCACCCUUGCCACUUCCUGUCAUAACUCAAUGGAAUUACUUCCCUCAGAGUUGCCCCCUCACCUCCCCAUUGAGGAGGGCUCUCUGGCAGGGACAGUUUAUCCUCUCUCAGGAUGCCCUUGGUUCCAUGGGAUGCUGUCUAGACUCAAGGCCACUCAGUUAGUGCUAGAAGGAGGCACCAGCUCUCAUGGUGUCUUCCUGGUUCGUAAUAGUGAGACGAGGGAGGGAGAAUAUGUCCUCACUUUUAACUUUGAGGGCAGGGCCAAGCACCUGUGCUUGUCACUGAAUGAAAAUGGUGAGUGCUGGGUCCAGCACCUGUGGUUCUUGUCCAUUUUUGAUAUGCUCAAUCAUUUCCGAGUACACCCCAUCCCUCUGGAUCCUAAAGGCUCCAGUGGUGUUGUCCUUGUCCGCUAUGUACCCACCAAGCAACAACAGGGGUGGGAACAGGCCAGGAGCCAUGCAGAAGUAUGUGAUGGAGAUCAGUGUUACCCCAAUUUGUCUUCCACCUUCAUGCCUAUACAGCAGUCCAGAAGAGGGGGCCUUGCUAGCUCAACUUCUAGAGGUAGUUUAUGUUCCCAGGGAGGUCACUGUCAUAUAUUGUAAGGAAAGACUAAUAGGGAGGCAAGUAGGACAGCCUUAUAGCCCCUCAGGACCAUAGCCUUAUUCCCAGUUCCUGAAGAACCAGUCUGAUCUUCCUUCAAGGAGUAUAGUGAUAAGCUAUAAAAAUCUUAUGUGGGAAAAUGAUCAUUGAAAUUUUCACAGGACUAAGGCUCCUGUGAACCUCUGGAAGAUCUGAGCUCCUCUUCAAAAAGCAAGAUCCCAGUUUGAUUUCAAUUACAGAUAAGUAGAAUCCUAUCUAACAUCCAUCUUUGCCUCCACAGGCUCCUGACAGGUCCACCAAACCCUCUUCUGUUACCUUAUAUAAAUACUGGUGUGUGCCUUGCUAUCCUAAGGUAUUCAGCACAUAAUCCCCAGUAGGUAGGGCCUACAGUCCCUUUCAGCAGGAAGUAGCUACCUGAAGACUGAGACCUCCACUCCCUCAACAACCCAUAAAGAAUUAUGGGGAUUUAUGUCUCCAGGGAGAAAUGAGGCAGGAACUCAGGGCAUGGCAAGGUGGCUGGAAGAUAGGAUGUAAACUGUCAAUUACAAAGAUCUGGAACAAAAGAUAAACAACAGAAUGUGACCUGUCAACCACAGCUAGGAUAUGUGGGCAGAGCAACCUCCAGUAGAUCAGAUCUGAAUGCAUUUAAAAGAUGGUGGCCACUGACUUCCCCACCUGUGAUUUUGCUGUUUUGUGGUCCUCCUGUUUCUGUAGCAGCCCAUUUUGCUUAUGGAAUAUAUCUCUUAUUGCUCUUCUCUUUUCUUCACUCUUUUCACUUCUUCCUUUUUUCUCCACU